AUGAAGGGUCCAAACAAACGUUGCCAUGAGCCUACAUUCAACUUUCUGGAUGUGGUGUCGUUCAAACCUGAUGUGCCGUGGCAAGAACAGAGGGAAGCAGAUUUACAACGUGGCAUAAAGUUGUGGAUUGCGGUCACCAGCAGGUGGCAUGACGAGUGCUCCAUGGCACACAAGCUCAGAGAAAUGAGGACAGAAGAAGAGGUCUUCAACAUGUUUGCACACGUCUUCAGUGGGCGUGCACCUGUCACAGUGCGGAAACGUGGAGCAGCAGUGCUUCGCAUUUGUGAUUACUUGGAGACCAACAUGUUGGAGGCCUUCCCCAUGCAGGAGAUCACAUUUUACAGGUUUCUUUGUCACGAGGCAUCCAUGGGUGCACCUGCAAGUAGACUCAAAGGUUUUCUGCAAGCCGUUGCAUUCUGCAAACAUGUGCUGGACGUAGGUGAGCUGCAGUGCAUUUUGGAUAGCAAGAGAUGCAGCGGUGUGGCGACUGAAACCUGUCCCAAGGAGCGACGCCAAGCCAGUCCUCUCACAGUGCUUGAGUUGAGAAAGCUGCAUGAAGUGGUGGACGAUGGGUCAGAUCCUUGGGACUCGGUUUUUGCAGGAGCCGCUCUUCUUUGUUGCUACUGCAGAGGACGUUGGGGAGACUUGAUGAGGAGCGAAUCAACUUUCAUCGACAACGAUGCGGAAGGCAAACCUGCAUAUGUUGAGACCAGGAUUGGACGGCACAAGACUAUGAGCUCACAGAUGCACCGCCAUCAGUUCCUUCCAAUGGUUGCGCCGGUGAUGGGAGUUCACGGAGGCGAUUGGGCCACACCGUGGAUGCAGCAGAGGUUCAAGCUUGGCCUAGAAUUUCCACCUCAGGGACUGGUUAUGCCUGCACCAGACAAGGAUGGCCAGGUGUCGCAGAGGCCGCUGGAGUCUGGUGAAUGCGGCAAAUGGCUCAGGAGAUUGUUGGGCUUAGAUGUUGCGGCUGGAUCUGAUUCGAGCCGCAGGGUCAGCAGCCACAGCCUCAAGAGCACCAUGUUGUCAUUUGCGGCAAAGAGAGGACUGUCAGUGCCUGAUAGGUUGAUGCUAGGGUAUCAUGCUUCACAGAUGCACAUGGCCAUGGUAUACUCACGUGAUGGUGCAGCAGCAAGCCUGAUUUUACUUGAGCGUCUCAUUGACGAGAUUGAACAUGGUGAUGAAUUGCAGAAGAGUUCCAGUUCUGAUAGCACUUCAAGCUCUGAUUCAUCGUCAGGUGGCAUCCCAGAGAAUCAUGGACUGAAUAAGGUCUUUGCUCCGCCCAAGCCUCCAGAGGGUUUUCAGAGUUGGCAGCAUGCAAAAUUGAAGACAGUUCAUUUGACUGAGCCGGGUUACUUCCGGGUCUUCGUUUGUGGACGACCUGUAGGCAGCUUCCACCAUCGAAUCACUCAGGACCCAAGGUUCGAUUCACCAGUGUGUUGGGCCUGUUUUAACAAGGCCGCGCGCGGGAAUGAACAGCAGGCCACUUAG